CAAUGGAUAAAUACGUUUCCCUAUCUAAGAAAGAAAAUCUUAAAAAAAAAAAAAGAAUUGGUGGCGAUAUCUUGUGCUCCUCUGCAACUACAGGUUUAUGCUUAUGAAUGAUAGAUUGAGGUGUUAGCUGAAUAAGGGAAGUUCAGCUCUUCAACCGUCUCGGACAACCUAGCUUUUCAGCGGAGUAGAGUGGAAGUUUUUCAUACAUCAGAUCAGGAUGGGAGUAUGCUUGUCUAAGUAUCAUGACGACGAUGAUGAGUCGAACCAUCAGGCUGAAUUUGCUGGAGGUAAUGUGACACUUGUCACUACUAAGGAUGCUUGGGAUCAAAAGCUAUCAGAAGCAAAUAGGGAACACAAAAUAGUAAUUGCCAACUUCAGUGCAUCCUGGUGCGGGCCAUGUAGAAUGAUCGCACCAUACUUCAUCGAGCUUUCUCUGAAUCACACUACUCUUAUGUUUCUAUCAGUGGACGUUGAUGAAUUACCAGAAUUCAGCACACAAUGGGAUAUAAAAGCGACUCCAACGUUCAUAUUCCUUAGAGACGGAGACCAGGUUGAUAGGCUUGUGGGAGCCAACAAACCGGAGCUCCUAAAAAAGAUAAGCGGUAUUGUCAAUUCCCAGCCUCCUCCUCCUCCUGCUUGUUCUGACAUGUAAUGCAACCGUAUAUAACUUUCCCUAUGGUGUUUAUGUAUUUUCGUAACAAUCGUUAUGAAUAUGAAUGUUGACAUUGUAUUGUUAGGUUGGUAUUUCUAAAAGAAACUUAUAGAUCA